AUGAUUUCACAUAAAUUUUCAGACACGGAAAUUAAAGCCGCUGAAACCCAGAAAUAUAAUGCUGAACGAGAGAAGAAACAACUGAAUUCAGAAAAGAAGGUUACCAGUGCAAUGGAGAUAUUUAAAAAUAUGAGUGGUUCAAAUAUAACGGCUAGUGGAUCGGGUACACCAAAAAUCAAGCCAAAAGCAGACGUGAGGAAUUGCAAUAAAGCUGCAGUGAAUGCAGAUGAUGAAGAAGCUGCUAAAGCUUUACUCCAAAAAGAUGUGGAUUUAACAAACACUGAAGAAGACAGGGUUUUGGAAGAUUUAGCUAAACAACUUGAUGGUUACGCAUCAUGAUGUGACGUGUACUGUAGUUUCUAUAAUUUUUCAAUAUCGACAGCGAGAUGAAAAGGAGAUUCAGCUACAUGUAAUGCAUAAUCUGUGUACAUUUUUACGUAUGGAUUUUUAUAUAGUAGCUUGUUUUGUUUCUUUUAUAGUUGUUUUUUGUUACUUUUAUAUGUUAUUUGUAUUCAAAAUACCAAAUUUUCUAAUCUUAGACCAGGAUUUUCCACAAAGAGUUUAAUCAUGGCGGUGGGGGUGGGGUUGGUUAUCAACUAAUUAGCCAUCAGAUGUAUAUUAUUUUUGUAGGUAUGAUAUCUUAAGCUGUCACAACUAUCAUUUAGCAAAAAAAUCAAACAUUUAAGAUUUAAAUUUUGAAUAUUUUUGUAUAUCUUUAUAUGGAGCUUUUCUUCAAAAGUAGAACAAUAUUGUAUUAAAAUGUUAACAACUACCCAGCCCCUUUAAUGACAUUGGGCAUGUUUUACAAAAGAACUUUUGACUACGAUCAAAUUUGAAUUUUGCUUUUAAAAUUCUAAACUGCAUUAAACAGAAAAUGAUGUGACAUUGUUAAAUGAAAUGUAGGGGGAUAAUUUUACAUUAUCAAUUUGAAACGUAAUUUUUGAUCAUGCUUGAGCCUUUAUUCAACUAAAAAAAUUGGUCUUAUUUAUAAGUUCCUUUGUUAAACGUGCCCCAGAGUAGUUAAAUAUUUUUUACGACAGGCAAGCACAUCAAGAGAAUGCAGACUGUGGUAAACAAAAAGGGUUGUUGAUCUGCAAAUCUCUGAAUAUCGGCCUUAAUGCUGAUCACGACUCGUAAAUAUGCAUACGCUAUUUUCGAUCUCAUUAUUUACGAUACAUCAACCCUAGGGUCUACUCUAUAGAUUCGCCACACCUGACUGCUUUAUUGUCAUGGGUAUCGUCUUGGAAUGGCGACCCGUGUUCGUGCUGGUUAUCUUGCAUAACCUUUGUUUACAUUUUAUUGCAGUUAUGUGUAUCUGUGUUUGAAUACUACACUAACAAGUAUUAACUAUAGUCAUCAGUUUCUUUGAUAUCUUACUAUCCUGCAUAAGACGAAGUACUACUUUAUUAUUGUCAAUAUCAAGUGCUGUAUGGCAUACGUCUUUCGACACUAGUGUCGAAUGAUUUCACUGAAGAGAAAAAGUAAUUCCCUUUAUAUAGGGGUCUGCAGGUAUGACGAUUCUCCAAACGUAAAAAGUGGACAUAUUCCUUUUACGAUUUUUUUUUUUUAUUUUGGAGAGUUACUCUGAUUUUUUGCUUUGAAGUUGCUAAGUUUUGUGAGAUCAAUCAUUGAUUUAAAUGAACUUUGAAUAAUCUUAAUAGGCUUUGGUGCUCUUGAUCACAUUUCGCUUUCGCACAGCGACCUCCAUGAUUAAAUUUUCAAAUAUGGAACACCUUGUUAAUCUAUUACUAUGAAUGAUUCAUACUCUAAAUAUUUGAGUUAUAUGUAUUAUUUGUUUUUACUUGAUUCACAUGUUCUCAUGUCAUUAUAUAAUAGUCGGUGUAAAACAAGUACAUGUAUGAUAUGCACAUCCUUUAAAUUUGAAGAAUUUUCUUGUUCAAAUAGUUGCAUAAAUGUUGUACUAAUGUGAAAUAUCCUAAAUAUUAUCAUCAAAUCACGUUUUCAUUAGCUAUGUCAAGACUGUCUGAAAGCUUCAAAUGUAUGAAAUGCUAUUUGUCUAUUUUGAGAUAUGUUUUGAUUCGAUGAUUGUAACUUUUUUUUAUUCACACAAAAUAAAUGUAUCUUCAUUUUUACUUAAUUAUCACUUUUCCUAUUCUAAUACAUACACAAUCUAUCAAUUCUUACUCCCUGUAUUG